CCUUCCCGCUAGCAACAGUCGCCAUUGCCACACCUCCAAGGCUUCAGAAAUGGCUUCUCUCAUGCUCUCCCCACCCUUUUCGCAUUCCAUCCUCCAUGACAAUCUCUUCCUCGAUUCCUCCCUCUCCGUCCGCUUCCUCUCCUCCUGCGCCUCCAUGAGAGAUCUCAAGCUCACCACCAGUCUCCAUGGAGCCACUUUGAAGACCGGCAUCCACUCCAACCUCUUCGUCGCCAACUCCCUCUUGGAUCUCUACCUCAGGUGUGGUCGCCUAGACUCCGCCUUUAAUCUGUUCGACAGAAUGCCUGAAAGAGAUGUAGUUUCCUGGACCUCCCUCAUCUCCGGUCACUGCUGCAAUGAAUCCGCCGACGUUUCGAUUUCCCUUUUCCUUGAUAUGUUAUCUGAGGAAUCUGCUCCUCUUCCUAACGAAUUCACCAUUGCUGCUCUUUUGAAAGCUUGUGCGCUUUGCCAGGAUGAGCCAAUGGGGCUGGGAUUGCAUGGUUAUCUGAUUAAAAGUGGGUUCUUUGAGGAUCAUUUCGUGUGCAACUCUUUGAUUGAUAUGUACUCGAAAUUGGGAUCAGUUGGGCGUGCUGAGAAAGUGAUUGCCGGAAUGUCUAAGAGAGGUGUGGUUUCAUGGAGUGCGCUUGUCUCCGGCUGUGUGCUUCAGGGGAUGAUGAAGAAGGCCUUUUGUGCGUUUAUGAUGAUGUUGGAGGAUGAAAUUAUACCAAAUUUAGUGACAAUGUUGAGCAUUAUUCAGGCUUCCUCUUUAAUGGGUGUGCACUCGAUCUUUGGUAUGAUUCAUGCUUUGGUUGUUAAGUUGGGAUUGGAUGCUGAUGUUCUGGUGGUGAAUUCUCUCGUUCAGAUGUAUUGCAAAAACUCUUUCUUGGAGGAAGGGUUGAAGGUUUUUGUUCAGUUUUAUGCUUCUAAUGGUGAUUUUUGUUUUGACCCAGAGGUUAUGGUCUCCAUUGUCCAAGCUUGCACCUUCUUGAAAUCUUUGGAGCAAGGCAGAUGGAUUCACGGGUAUUUGGUCAAGUGUGGGUUUUUCCCAUGUAUAGUUAUUGAGAACUCCUUAAUGGAUAUGUAUGCCAAACUUGAGCAAGUUGAUUCAGCGAAUCUAGUCUUUCGGAAAAUGGAAAACCGAGAUAUCAUAUCUUGGAACACCUUGAUGUCAUCCUUUGUGAAGAAUGAUCGUGCACAUGAGGUUCUACAAUAUCUUAGUGAAAUCCAUUCCAAAUGUAGUGAUGAUCUUCUCCCUGAUUUUGUCACGAUAUUGAGCUCAAUCGAUGCGUGUUCUGAGAUAGCUUCAUUGCAACAAGGCCAAAUACUUCAUUGCUAUGCUAUCAAAUCAGGUUUUAGUUGUGAUACUUUUGUGUCGAAUGCUCUUAUAGGCAUGUAUGCAAAAUCUGGAAGGAUUGAUUUUGCCAAGGACAUCUUCAAAGAGAUGGAGUUUAAAGAUCUUGGCUCUUGGAAUACAAUGAUCACAGCAUAUGGUAUUCAGGGAGACGGCAAUUCUGCUCUUAAGGUAUUCCAUGAACUUAAUCAGGUAGGGAAUCAAAAGCCAAAUGGGGUAACAUUUGGAAGUAUAAUUUCUGCAUGCAGUCAUUCUGGAUUGACAGUAGAAGGUUCUGAGUGCUUCAAAAGUAUGCGAAGAGAUUACAAUAUUGAACCAACAAUGGAGCAUUAUGCUUCAAUGGUGGACCUCUUGGGGAGGUCUGGUAAUCUAAAUGCAGCAGAGAAUUUCAUUAGGGAGAUGAACAUCGAGUCGAGUUCUGAUGUUUGGGGAUCACUCUUGGGUGCUUGUGGAAUUAAUAGAAACAUAGAGAUUGCUGAAAGAGCUGCAAAGAGGUUAGCCAUUUUGGAGCCAGAGAGCAAUAUUUGGAGAGUGGCAUUGUCGAAUGUUUAUGCAUCGGUUGGAAGAUGGGAAGAUGCAGUAAUGGUGAGAAUGAACAUGAGGAGGGAGAGAUCAAGAAAGGAGGCUGGAUGGAGCUUUGUUGAAAUAGCCGGUAAGGAGAAGAGCUUUAGGUUCAUGGUUGGUGACACUAGGCAUCCUGAAAGCAAUAUGAUCUAUGGAGUGUGCAAUGGUCUUAUGAAGCAAAUUUCUGAUGUUUCUGUUGAGACAUAUUGACCUGAGGAAUUGCUAAUUACUUUCCAUUUGUAGAGUUUGGUUCAUAAAAACAUCAAAUGAAGACUACUUGGAGGUAAAUAUUGUGAAAUUUGGCUCAAAAACACAGCAACUUAAAUCUCUUGGCAGAAAAUAGAAGUUCUGAAAUAUAGCUCAGAAAUGAGCCUUGACAAAUUAAUCUGGCUCAGGUAAGAAUAAUUGCCGCUGUAAAUUAUCCUUUAAAUUCAGAUGUUGGUUAUAUUCUAGGAAUGUUUGAGUUGAAGAUAGGUAGAAUUAAUAAUAAAUCGUGCACUUUUACACAUGU